CGUCUGAAUAAUGCUAAAGUCCUCAUUAUUUCCUUCCCUUUGAAGGCCAUGUAAAAUUUACAUAGGCCCAGGGACAAUUCCAUUUCCAUUUUUCCUUCUCUGGACCACACGAAGUCACUCCUCGGCCAGAAAAAACGCCCCAUAAGUUCGCCGCCCACAUGUCGCCGGCGGCCGGGGUGAGCGUCCCCCUAUUGCCGGAAAGAAAGGGAGCUGCUAAACCAGCAUCGGUUACUGGUGCAGUGUUCAACGUUGCUACGACCAUAGUGGGCGCUGGAAUCAUGUCCAUUCCGGCGACAGUAAAGGUUGUGGGUGCGAUUCCGGCUUUCGUGAUGAUUUUGAUCAUCGCUAUGCUUGCCGAAGUAUCUGUGGAUUUUCUAUUGCGGUUUACACAUCCCGGCGAGACGACAUACUCCGGCGUGAUGAGGGAGGCAUUCGGGCCGGCGGGCGCAGUGGCCACGCAAAUUCUUGUCAUAAUUACCAACUAUGGAUGCUUAAUUAUGUACUUGAUUAUUAUUGGGGAUGUGCUCUCUGGAAAAGGUGAAGUGCACUUGGGCAUAUUGCAACAGUGGUUUGGAAUUCACUGGUGGAACUCUCGAGAAUUUGCUCUACUUGUCACGUUGGUUUGUGUCAUGCUUCCACUGGUCUUGUACAGACGAGUAGAGUCUUUAAAAUUCAGCUCCGCAAUAUCUACUGUUCUAGCGGUGGCAUUCGUUGGUAUAUGUUCUGGGAUGGCAAUAGCUGCUCUCUUCGCGGGCAAAACACAUAUCCCAAGGCUAAUUCCACAUUUGGACCAGCAGACUUCUUUCUUUGAUCUGUUUACUGCUGUUCCGGUCAUAGUCACAGCUUUUACAUUUCAUUUUAAUGUCCAUCCAAUUGCUUUUGAGCUUGCAAAGCCAUCUGAAAUGAUGACAGCAGUUCGAAUAGCAAUAGUGCUUUGCGCAGUCAUCUACUUCUCAAUAGGCCUAUUUGGCUACCUUUUAUUUGGGGAUUCAAUCAAGUCAGACAUUCUUAUCAAUUUUGAUCAGAAUGCCAAGUCUACCAUUGGUUCGGUGCUCAAUAGCUUGAUCCGGUUAAGCUAUGCAUUUCAUAUUAUGCUAGUGUUCCCUCUCCUGAACUUUUCUUUGAGAACCAACAUAGAUGAACUCCUCUUCCCCAAGAUGUCUCAGCUAGCUACCGACAGCAAGAGAUUUAUGGCCGUCACUCUGGUGCUGCUAAUCUCCAGCUAUCUUGCUGCUAUAUCAAUCCCAGAUAUUUGGUACUUCUUUCAGCUUUUGGGAUCAACAUCUGCGUUAAGCCUUGCCUUCAUCUUCCCCGCUGCUAUUGCCCUGAGGGAUGCUCAAGGUAUAUCGACCAGAGGGGACAAAAUCAUCGCACUGAUAAUGAUUAUCCUUGCUGUGGUGACUAGUGCGUUUGCCAUUUUCACCAACAUAUGCAAUUUUCUUCACAAGUCUUAAGUUGGAUUUUCUCAAGUGUUCUCUUUUCCUUCUUAAGUUUUAUAUGGGGCAAAGAAAUACUAGGACACUACAUUUAAGUUUUGAUUAGUGAAUGAUUUAGAGAAUGGGGAAAACCUUGUUCAGUAGUCGGGGUGGUUGUUUAGUUGUUUAGGUUUAUUGAAGAAUUGAAUGUACAUUGUGGAAUAAUUCAAAUAUUUUGAGUAUUACAAGCAUGUAAAGCAUCAAACAUCUCAUAUAGGUAGACGUUGAGCAUACUGUUUUAA